CAGAGUGUGAAUGUUUGUGGAAUUUGUGGCAAUCAAGUGGCUACUUUGGCCUGGAUGGUGGCAAGCACCUUGCGUUGUUGGAACUGCACUUAUUCAGGUUGAGGAGGGAAGCAGUUGUACGUGAAUGCAUAUUGUCAAAUCGCUUCCGACAUCAUGAACAGAAACAAACGUGACAUCCAAUUCUACAGCGUAGAGGUUGGGGAUUCAACAUUCACUGUGCUGAAGCGCUAUCAGAACUUGAAACCCAUUGGUUCAGGAGCACAGGGGAUUGUUUGCGCAGCCUACGAUGCAAUUCUGGACAGGAACGUAGCUAUAAAGAAACUCAGCCGACCAUUUCAGAACCAGACCCAUGCAAAAAGGGCUUAUAGAGAAUUAGUCCUCAUGAAGUGUGUCAACCAUAAAAAUAUAAUUGGUUUGCUGAAUGUAUUUACGCCACAGAAAUCACUUGAAGAGUUUCAAGAUGUUUAUAUAGUGAUGGAGCUCAUGGAUGCCAACCUGUGUCAGGUGAUUCAGAUGGAGCUGGACCAUGAACGAAUGUCUUAUCUACUUUAUCAGAUGCUUUGUGGCAUCAAGCACCUUCAUUCAGCUGGCAUUAUACACCGGGACCUGAAGCCAAGUAACAUAGUAGUGAAAGCAGACUGCACGCUGAAGAUCUUAGAUUUUGGACUAGCAAGAACAGCAGGAACUAGUUUCCUGAUGACGCCUUACGUGGUUACCCGAUACUAUCGUGCUCCAGAGGUCAUUCUAGGAAUGGGAUAUAAAGAAAAUGUGGAUUUGUGGUCUGUUGGGUGCAUUAUGGGAGAAAUGGUUCGUCACAAAAUCCUCUUUCCAGGAAGGGACUAUAUCGAUCAAUGGAACAAAGUGAUUGAGCAAUUAGGAACACCCGCCUCUGAGUUCAUGAAGAAGUUGCAGCCCACUGUGAGGACUUACGUAGAGAACAGACCCAAGUAUACAGGCUACAGUUUUGAGAAGCUCUUUCCAGACGUCCUUUUCCCUGCCGAUUCUGAGCACAAUAAACUGAAAGCAAGUCAAGCUAGAGAUUUGUUAUGUAAAAUGCUUGUAAUAGAUGCAUCAAAAAGAAUUUCUGUGGAUGACGCUCUGCAACACCCUUACAUUAAUGUUUGGUACGAUCCUGCUGAAGUAGAAGCUCCGCCGCCCAAGAUAUAUGACAAGCAGCUAGAUGAGAGGGAUCACACUAUAGAUGAGUGGAAAGAGUUGAUAUACAAGGAAGUGCUGGAGUGGGAAGAGAGAAUGAAGAAUGGUGUUAUAAGAGGACAGCCACCUCCUUUAGGUGCAGCAAUGAUCAAUGGCUCUCAUCAUCCAUCGUCAUCUUCAUCUGUCAAUGAUGUGUCCUCCAUGUCAACAGAUCCAACGCUGGCAUCGGAUACCGACAGCAGCCUAGAAACGUCGGCAGGACCUCUGGGCUGUUGCAGAUGACUAGCCUCCCUCUCUCUGGGGUCUUACUGUUUGCGCUAACUUUUAGAGAGGGUAGACCAGCUUUUUAAAAAGCUCCAACUGUGUUUUAAUUUUAUUGGAAUCAGUUUCCCAGAUAGAAUACAACUUUCAAUUAUGUUGGAUAUACAUACAGUAACUCAAUACAGCAACCUUUAGUACAGGGCAAGUAACCCUAAAGCAUGACUUGUACAUUUGUAACGGACUGAUAUUUAACAUCAUUACAUUUGGGUCUGUUUUGGGAGGAAAAAUGAUCUCAAAAUACAAACAAGUUCCAGAUCCGGUGCGCAGAGGGAUAGCUUAGUUAGGCUACUUUUUCUCACACUCUUGCAUGAAGUGGUUUACACCAUUUAAACAUUCUAAGAUCUUUUUUACUCUAGUUGGCUCUGGCUUAAUGCUAGUUGUGGACUAGGACAACAAGUCAUUGUGUGUCAAAAACAUAAAAAUACCCAGUGUCCACAACAAAUUUUGGUUGACUGUGUGGCCUACCUGUUUACAUUACACGUCCAAAGCUGAAGCCGAGUAUGUUUUACAUUUUAAUGCAGCCACUUUGGGUGGGCAAGGCUACUAGGUGUAACACUAAGUAUUCAAACUGAUGGUAAAGGCUCACCUUCAGUUGUCUAAGGCAAUGGAAACUUGAAAAGUAGGAAGAGAAAAUGUGGCAUCAACGAUUGAGCAUCACAAAUGAAUUCUGCACAAAACAAGUUCUAUAUCUUGAGUCAGUGCCAGCACCAAACCUAUUUUAAUAAAAUCAUCUUGCCCCAAUAAGCUGUUAUUUCUAAUUAGGAGUGAUUUGGUUAAUUCCUUUGUUGUAUUAGGAAUUCACAGGACAUAAUGCCCUGCGGUAAUAGUGGUUUAAUUUCUAACUAGUUUAUCCUAAUACAACUUGUCAAAAUGCCGACCUUGACUAGAAUCAAUGGAGUAGGGUUAUGUUCCAGACAAACAUUACGAGCUUCACAAGUCGACAGAACUAACGUAUCAAAAGAGGUUUUUAAAUAAUUGAUGAACUACCUCACAAAUCAAUGUACCAUUUCAAUGCCAUUGAGUUGCUUGCUUUCCUACCAUACAGUACAAUUAUGGAAUGUAACAGUUUUAAUUUAUUUCCGCUGUCAAGUGUCUCUGGUCCCCCACCAGGAGUCAACCAAAUUCACAGCUGAAACUGUUGUGUAGAGGGAAAUAUUGUUAUACAUGUACUUUGUUAGAGAGAUGUUUAACGCAUUUGUAUAUUUGUUUUCUCAUAGUUAAUGUGCAAUAAUAUUUGCAAAUUGUGAUACAAAUUUGAUUGUAAAGAUGGGAUAGCUGUGAUGUGGUAUACUUAUUUUGGACACUGUUGGAAUGUGAAGGGAUUGUAGUUUUUUUUUUCCCCCCUGCCAUUUUUACUUCAGUUAGGCUAGUGUAUAAUGAGUUGUAAGAUUGUAAUAAUGCCAUGGUUAGAUAGUUGAGGGCAUGGUGCCUGCUCCUUGGGUUAGUUUAUUUUUUUUAAGUGUAUACCUGUGCUGAAUAUUUACUGGGUUUUUCUGCUUAAAUGUUGAUAUCCAGUAUGGACUGCAGGAACAUUUGCAGUGAAUUGGAUAUUACAGAAAAUAAUUGAGAUAAUGAUUAGUGUUAAUGAACAAUGUUCAUCUUUUAAUAAUGAUUUUUGUACUGGAAAUAGCCAUCUUUAGUUGUAGUUAACAACAGAAUGAAAACAAUUUGAUCUUUCAUGUCUCGUGAGGACAACAGUGAACCAACCUGGGAGUUUGCACUAUAGGAUAUUGUGAUGUUCAUGUUAUAGUGGAUUGAGUGAACUAAGGUAUGCAGUCUCCUAGGGUACGGGGUGAUUUACUCAAACAAUAUCUUAAUCAGCCUCUGAAAUGAUAACUCCUCCUACUAACAAUUCUCUCAAUCUCCCUCCAUACAAGUCAUGGCUGAAUCCUUUUCGACCAGGAAGGGAUCAUCAUCUUGAUGCUAAUUAUUUUGAGCCAGAAUUUCAUUUAAAUGCAUGUCUGAUUAUACUGGCUACAAUAGGAUUAACAUUAGGGAUUAAAUUACAUUUUGGACUCCAUGCAAAAUAGAAAAUAUUCAGAAUUUCUCUCCCCCAAAAAUAACUACGUGAAAUUAAGUGAAUUAUCUUAAUUAGAUGCAAACUAAUUUUGAGAUUGAUUUUAGGAUUUUGCUGUGUAUUGCACUUCCCGUAACCACCUCCCAACGAGUGCAGUAAAAUUACCUAUAUUUUGCAUCACAGACAAGACAAGCAUUUAUUUCCAUCCUUAAACUGGGUAGCUUAUCAGGCAAUUACAAAAGCAAUUAAGAGUUGACCACAUUGCUGUGCCUCUGGAACCUGGAUAAGGGAGGCUAGUUUUCUUCCAUAAAGGACAUUAGGGGAAUCGUGAAAUUUUAUAAUCCGGCUCUUAAAUGGUUACUGAGACUAGCAUUUUUAAAAUUAUUGCAUUCAUUAAAUUGAAAUACCCCAACUCCAGUGGGAUUCAAACUUGUCUCCUUUCAUUAGUCCUGGCCUUUGGUUUACCAGUCCAGUAAGGUAAUCACUAAGCUACCAGAUUGCUAUAUAGGAAUAGAUAAAUCUUCUCAAACAAUGCUGCAAAUGUACAACAGAUCAGACAGUGUUGGAGGAUAAAUUGGUUAAUGUGCAUGAUAUCAUUCAGUUAUCAAUUCAGAAAAUGUAAACCUGUAUUUUUUCUUUAGAUAUUGACUGUUCUGUUUGUGGCAGCAUUUAUGCAUUGUUUCAGUUAUAAAAUUGGUUUUUAGUGUCUUAAACUACAGGGAGAUUACAGCAUUUUUUCAUUUAAAAACCUGCUUUGCUUUCCAAUUAAUUCUUUACGAAAUAAUUUCUCCUUUAGUUUUGCAAUGCUUAUCAUCCAUUCAAGUCCUUCCCUGGAAAAAAUAACUAUUUUUUACAAACUUAUGUUUGUAUCUUCGCAGUUUUACUGUUUCCAUGUGUCAUAUACAAAUAAUUCUGUUGUUGGUGCCAAAUUUGUAAAAGGGUUGAGGGAAAUAGUUACCGGUAACUGUAAUGUUUUCACAAAAUUUGCCAGUCACUCGCAGAUUCCCCUGUUUGAGCUAAUUCCUUCAUUAAAUUAUUUUUUCUUAUAUCCAUAGUGAUUCUCAAACUUCUGACAUUUUAUGUGAAGCUACAUUUUGUGAAUUUGUAUUUCAUGCUUUGUCAAUGCUCCGUAAUCUUCCAAUAUGGGAAAAAAUAAAUGUUGGAAGUGUAA